AUGCCAUGGGUACCUCUGACAGCUACGACUUCAUUGAAAAAUAAAUGUUUAACCACAGAUAUGGACAUGAUAACAAUAUCAUCGUAUUUGAACAAUAAACAUCCUGACCCAUUCAAACACGUUGAUUUAUUCGAAAACGACUGCUUUGGUAAUGUGGCGAUCACAUCAUCGCAUUCGAACACCAAGUAUCCUGCCGUAAAAGAUUUGGACAAGCACAAAUUGAAGCCAGAAAAACAUGAUGAUACACCCGGAAAAGUCUUCUUUGAUAAUGUUGAGACAAUGGAGAAGAACGACAGUAAACAAGUUGAGGUUCAAACUGAAGAACUUGAAGUAAUCAUUGAUGACGAUGACGAUGAUUCGCCAUUUGGAAUACUGUCUGUCUAUUGCAGAAGUGGAAUUCAUUCAAGAUAAUUCUACAGAUAAAGGACAAUAGAUGAACAGAGAUAAAAGAAUUUUUGGAAUAUAACUAUUUAACAUUGCGAUUAAAAUAUUAUAUUCAAACGUAA